UGCAGCAAACUUCACAGUUCUGCAAAUCAAAGACUCUCCAGGCACCAGAAAAGCACUGAUACAUUUGCCAGAAGACCUGUGUUUCAGACUUCCCAGGGAGGCCUAUCACAGGAGUCAAGGGAAAUGCAACAGGAAGCAGCUAAGGCAGCACACCUGUGCACUUGGGCAAUCCCUUGGGACCUUGGGGACUCAGUUGCUAUGAAUGAGAACUGGUGCUGGGCUGGGCUCCACAAAGCACUGGAGAGCUGAGAUAUCUGUGAGGCACACCCCCAGCAUAGAAGGAUUUCCGCUAACCACUUGAGAGGGGAAGCAGAAAAGGGACAAAUUGCAACAGCCACUACACUUCCUUCAGGCCUCACUCUUGGGACGAGGUGACCAACAGAAAGCAGCUUGAUGGUGGAGGGGUGCCUUAGGAGAGGGAUACCUGCCAUAAUCCAGGAACACCACAGAGUCUAGAAUGCAGUGUGCUGCCACUUCUGGAUUUAGGAAGAAAAACAGAAGGGCUAGAGGCCGACUGUUCUGAACUGAAAACACCAUUCUGCCACCUCUACUGAACAGGGUCUGACUGAGGCUUCCUCUCACCUCUGCUCUAAUGACUGAGGAGGGACAGCCAAGUUCUGUAUCUCCAGGCAGUCCUUCAGCAGCACCAGAGAUCAGUCAGUUGCUGGUGACUCACACUUCCUCACUUCCUGAAUCUUUCAAAAGUCCAGCCUGGGUCUGAAACCCUUCGCUGAAAUGACUUGCUUUGUUCUAGGGUAGAUGGUCAGUGUGUCUGCAUGGGUUUGUAUUUCUUCAGAAAAAGAGAAUAGCUGGUGUGCGGCCCCCAGCCUUUCUGCAGUUGGAUUUAUCAGAAGCCACCAUGGGCCCCGUGAAUUCGAGAGGUCACAAGGCAGAAGCCCAGGUGGUAAUGAUGGGCCUGGACUCUGCCGGCAAGACCACAAUCCUGUACAAGCUGAAAGGGAAUCCGCUGGUGGAGACCUUACCCACCGUUGGUUUCAAUGUAGAGCCUCUUGAAGCUCCUGGACAUGUGUCACUGAUUCUCUGGGACAUUGGGGGACAGACUCAGCUCAGGGCUACCUGGAAGGACUACCUGGAAGGCACUAACAUCCUUGUGUAUGUGCUGGACAGCACAGAUGAAGCCCGCUUGCCUGAGGCAGUGGCUGAGCUCAACGAAGUCCUGGAAGACCCCAACAUGGCCGGCGUCCCUUUCUUGGUACUGGCCAACAAGCAGGAGGCACCUGAUGCUCUCCCAUUGCUUGAAAUCAGAGACAGGCUGGGCCUGGAGAGGUUCCAAGACAAUUGCUGGGAGCUUCGGGCCUGCAGUGCCCUCACAGGCCAGGGGCUACAGGAAGCCCUGCAGAGCCUGCUCCAUCUGCUGAGAUCCUGCUGAAAUGUGGUAGCCUCGGACUCCAGGCUGGAGCAGGACUGGGAUCAGGGCCAGCCAGACCCCCUGAGCAGGCACAACAGCUUAUCCUUGCUCCUAUGAACAGGAAGGGUCAGCUGAUCCUUCAGAAACUACAACCCAGUUCAACACACAAGAAAUCCUUCUACUUUUGGACAGGAUAUUUUCCGUGGUGGCACUUAUGCUGAAAAUCAACUUUUUAAAAAAAAUAGUAAUAGCCAGAGGGAAUAUAAAGAUCUUCCAAGUACUCAUGUAACAGGUCACUACCAAGUGUGGAUGCAACAGAGUUAGUAACAGUACCUGAGAACCAAGUUCGCAAAUGAAAAGAAGUUUCAAAACUGUAUCUGAGUGUCACCUCGACACUCAGAUCACUGUCAUCAGGAGCCAUGCUUCCUGCUGGCUUCUGGGCACAAGCCAUUGUUACUCUUCCUACAAUUGUACAAUAGGCUAGGCUGGCAGCUGAGAGGGGCCUUCAGCUCCCACAACGCUGCAGAUAUCACAGGGCCCUGGAGCUUUCCAGAAUUCACCCUGCUCUCCAUCUCCAUCUCUGAUUAACCCUUCUCUGCCCUACAUCCUAUGUUGUAAAAAGGAUAUAAAAUAAAGCUCCACUGUUCUCUCCCA